GCAAAUUAUUACUUUUACCAAACCCAACCAUAAAAGCUCUUCAAACGCUGUGCUGUCAGCUUUUUCUGAGAUAGGGGCUCUAUAAAAGUUCGGUGCCAAAGACAAUAGUAGUCAGUCGUUCAGCAAGCGUAGAGAAUAGAAUUUCGGUGCUGGCAGAUACUGAUAUUUUCACUAAUUUAAGAGCUUGAGAGAGAGAACCAGAAGAGAAGCAAACCAAAAGCUUUUAAACUGCUUACGAAUGAAGAGAAUUUUCGGAACUCUCCGCUCAUCACCAGAAAAACUUAAAAUGUCUGCAGCGAAGCCGUUUAAAGUGCUGAUAGCGCAUACCGAUGUUCCGCCAGAGGGAAUUGAAAUCCUGAAGGAGAAAUGCGAGAUCCUGCGAGUGAUAAAUGAACCUCCAAAAAAUCGCCCCGAAAUUCUAGAAAAGAUCAGGGGGGUUCAUGCUGUCAUUUGGGGUGGUCGGGACAUACUCAAUGCCGAGAUCCUGGACGCCGCUGGUCCGCAACUAAAGGCGGUGUCUACCAUGUCCUCGGGGAUAAACAAUGUGGACUUGGCGGAGAUAAAGAAAAGGGGUAUUCCUUUGGGAAGUACUCCUGCGAUGCUCACUGUGGCGGUAGCCGAUCUUACAGUGGGUCUAUUGAUCGCCGCAGCUCGGCGGUUCCAAGAGGGUCGCAGGAAGAUAGACAGUGACAAAUGGGAUAAGGACCAUCUCAACUGGAUGCUGGGUCAGGACAUUCGCGACUCCACCGUGGGCUUCUAUGGCUUCGGAGGAAUUGGCCAGGCGGUGGCUAAGCGUUUGAUGGGAUUCGAGAUUGACCGCGUUUUAUAUACCACGCGGACUCGCGUUGCCCAGGACAUCGAGGAGCAGUUCAAUGCCACGAAGGUGGACUUCGAUACGCUCCUGGCGCAAAGUGAUUUCAUCAUCAUUGCAUCCCCAUUGACCAAGGAUACAUUGGGAUUGUUUAAUGCCACCGCCUUUAAUAAAAUGAAGGAAACCGCAGUACUAGUCAAUGUUGGCAGGGGCAAAAUUGUCAACCAGGAUGAUCUUUACGAGGCGCUUAAAUCAAACCGAAUUUUCGCAGCUGGACUAGACGUUAUGGAUCCGGAGCCCCUUCCUUCCCAUGAUAAAUUACUUACUCUAGACAAUGUUGUGGUCACUCCUCAUGUGGGCUAUGCCACCCUGAGAACCCGCAUUGAUGCAGCCAAUUUGGCUUCGCGGAAUGUGCUCCGAGGACUGGCCGGUGAGCCCAUGUUGUCACCUGCCUACUAAAAUCGGUCUGAUCGGUGUAUUAAAACGGAAAUCAACACUUGAUAUGUUUUUUAAUGUGUGAUUUAAUACAAAACAAGAGAUACCCGUUA